UGUUUUAAAUUAAUUGUUCAAGUUUAACUAUAUGAAUAUUAAGAUGAAAGAAUUAAUUUAUUUUUUCUUGAUAGCUUCUGCAUGUAGCGCACUAGUUACAGCAACCUCAACAUCCGCAAAAAAUGAGACAAGUUCAAAACAAGUAUGGAACGAUAUAUUAGUAAAAGAAGGAGAAACUCUCACAGCAACUGUCAACGAUUAUGCUGAUCAUCUUAUGAAAAAUUUUGAUAAAUUGGCACUGAAUGAGGGGUUAGACCCAAUGGAUGUACCAGAUAUGGAAAUCAAGAUAAGUAGAAGAAUACUUUUGAUUACCUACUGGGGAUCUCUCAAAUUGUCUAAAAUAAAAGUGAAUGACUUCUCAACAAUACACAGAUAUGACAAUGCACAAAUCAGCUACAAUAAAAAUACUAAAAAGAUGAGACUCGAUAUUCCUUUAGAACUGAAGGAUAUCAAGUUUAAAUGUAAAUACAAGGCAAGAUUGAUGGGUCUAGGUCCAUCUGGAGGCUUGGACGGUGAGAUGAAAUCUGUUAAAAUGAUAACUUCAUUGGAAAUAGAUUGGGGUACUUACGAGGCCAGUGUUCAGAAAUAUAAAAUUACUCAUUCCGGGCAUAUCAAGGUCGAUUUCCAUGAAUUCAUCCUUGUUGAUUGGUUGAUCAAUAUCUUAGCUAACACAGUUACAACAGUUUUCAAAGGACUCAUCCUCGAUAUAGUUGAUAAAAUUGUCGAAGGUACUCUGCAAGCUUCAGUCAACAUGAUAAAUCUUGUUUUUGAUGAUAUCACACGCAUGUUGGAGGGUAACAGCACCGAUCCAGUGACAUCACCAAUCUUGAAAAAUUUGGGUGUAAUCUUGACUCAAUCAAACUAUGUUGUAUCUUAAUAUGUUGAAUUAUAGAUUCUUUUUCUAAGAAA